GCACCACAACUUAGCCUCUCCUACUUUAGCAGACCCUGGGAAACUCUCCCUCUCUCAUGUGAGUUUAGCUUUGAAUAAUUAUUUCUGUUUUGUUAUCCAGAGUAUAAUAGAUUAUAAAAUCUAAAUCAUUAGACGAGAGAUCCUGUCUGCGAUCUCGAUCUCCUCAUCUGCCAGUCCAUUCUCUAGAAAAAUAUGGCCUAGAGAAUAUAAGAAAAGAUGUUCUCAAAUUUAUUUCAUUAAUUAGAAAACGCAUUUUCAUUUUCAUUUUCGUCUUCGUUUUCUAAUGCGCCAAUCAUGUUUUGUUUCAUGCGUUUUCCAUCCUUAGAAUCCCAGCUAAGAUUGAUAAGAGAUGCCUGGAGGAAGAAGGCUAUUCAAGAAGUUGCUGACUGUUCCUGAUAUUAGGAAAAGGCUGGCGAUCCCAACACAAAGUCUCACCUUUUUACAGGUGGAUUUCCAUGAACGCCGUACCUUGCAAUUGAAUGUUACUUCUGAGGCGACGGUUUGGCCCAUGGUUUGCUCUACUCGUCAAAACGGCCACAAGAAACCAGUUCUCUCCAAGGGUUGGUUGCCAUUGGUUCGCAAAAAUCAGCUGAAUGUGGGUGAUACACUGACUCUCUACAUGGAGGAAGAUGGGGCGGGAUUCCAGUGCAGGAUUGAGGUGGAGAAAGUGACCAGGCCACUUCCUCCUGUUCAUGGAACCAACACAACUAAGAAGCUGCAACAGCAGGUGACAAAAGCUGUCAUGCCCCUUGAUGAUCAAAACCGGCCAAAUGAGGAUGUUGUUUUUUUUUUGAAUUUAGAUCUAUCCCUGGGGCUCCCUGAUUCCACAGGGAGGCUGAAGGUAACCAAUUAGCUAUGGCUAGCAAGAACUGUACAAUAAGGAGAAAAUGUGUGGAUAAAGAUGUUAAUUUUUU